GCGGCGGCGGCGGCUUCUUCCGAGGCGCCGGCGGCGGCGGCGGCGGCGGCGGGCGAGCCCGAGGCCGGGGACGAGGACUGUCGGAAGGUCCGGGUGCUGCAGAGCCUGCGGGGCAAGAUCUGUGAAGCGAAAAACUUACUGCCAUAUCUUGGACCCAACAAAAUGAGAGAUUGUUUCUGCACUAUAAACUUGGACCAGGAGGAAGUUUAUCGUACACAAGUUGUUGAAAAAUCUUUAAGCCCAUUUUUCAGCGAAGACUUUUACUUUGAGAUUCCAAGAACUUUCCAGUAUUUGUCUUUCUAUGUUUAUGAUAAGAAUGUUUUACAAAGAGAUCUUCGUAUAGGAAAAGUGGCCAUCAAAAAAGAAGACUUAUGUAAUCACAGUGGCAAAGAAACUUGGUUUUCACUACAACCUGUUGACUCCAAUUCAGAGGUUCAGGGCAAAGUUCACCUUGAAUUAAAACUGAAUGAACUGAUAACAGAGAAUGGAACCGUGUGCCAGCAGCUUGUUGUACAUAUCAUGGCGUGCCAUGGGUUACCUCUCAUCAAUGGACAGAGCUGCGACCCAUACGCGACUGUGUCUCUCGUGGGCCCUUCUAGGAAUGACCAAAAGAAGACCAAAGUAAAGAAGAAGACAAGCAACCCGCAGUUCAACGAAAUCUUUUAUUUUGAGGUAACCAGAUCCAGUAGCUACACCAGAAAGUCCCAGUUCCAGGUGGAAGAGGAAGACAUUGAAAAGCUAGAAAUUAGGAUCGACUUGUGGAACAAUGGAAACCUGGUCCAAGAUGUCUUCCUCGGUGAGAUCAAGGUUCCAGUGAAUGUCUUAAGAAAUGACGCCUCUCAUCAGGCCUGGUACUUACUACAGCCAAGAGAUAAUGGAAACAAGUCAUCUAAAACUGAUGAGCUGGGGUCUCUUCGGUUAAACAUCUGUUACACAGAAGACUGCGUGCUUCCUUCAGAGUACUAUGGUCCUUUGAAAACUUUGCUGCUAAAAUCACCAGACGUUCAGCCGGUAUCUGCCUCAGCUGCUUACAUUUUGGGUGAAAUCUGUCGAGACAAGAAUGAAGCUGUUCUGCCCCUUGUGCGGCUGCUGCUGCAUCACGACAAGCUGGUGCCCUUCGCCACGGCGGUGGCCGACCUGGACUUGAAGGAUACUCAAGAUGCAAACACAAUUUUUAGAGGAAACUCCCUGGCUACCCGAUGUCUGGACGAGAUGAUGAAAAUAGUGGGAGGGCACUACCUGAAAGUGACAUUGAAACCCAUCCUGGAUGAGAUAUGUGAAUCCUCUAAACCCUGUGAAAUCGACCCUAUUAAAUUGAAAGAGGGAGAUAAUGUAGAAAACAAUAAGGAGAAUCUGCGCUACUAUGUGGACAAGUUAUUCAGCACGAUUGUCAGGUCCAGCAUGAGCUGUCCCACCGUGAUGUGUGAUGUCUUCUACUCUCUGCGGCAAAUGGCCACUAAAAGAUUUCCUAAUGACCCUCAUGUUCAGUACUCUGCAGUGAGCAGCUUUGUAUUUCUCCGUUUCUUUGCUGUAGCCGUAGUGUCACCUCAUACUUUUCAUUUGCGACCUCAUCAUCCAGAUGCACAGACAAUUAGAACAUUGACUCUCAUCUCAAAAACUAUUCAAACUUUGGGAAGCUGGGGGAGUCUGUCCAAAAGCAAGUCAAGUUUCAAAGAGACAUUCAUGUGUGAAUUUUUCAAAAUGUUCCAAGAAGAAGCAUAUAUCAUCGCAGUUAAAAAGUUCUUGGAUGAAAUUUCAUCUACUGAAACGAAAGAGUCCAGUGGUACAAGUGAACCAGUGCACCUGAAAGAAGGUGAGAUGUAUAAAAGAGCUCAGGGAAGAACUCGGAUUGGAAAGAAGAACUUCAAGAAGCGGUGGUUCUGCCUGACCAGCAGAGAGCUCACCUACCACAAGCAGCCAGGUAAGUUCAUUGAACGCAAAGAUGCAAUUUACACAAUUCCAGUGAAGAACAUUCUUGCUGUGGAAAAACUGGAAGAGAGCUCUUUCAACAAGAAAAACAUGUUCCAGGUCAUACACACGGAGAAACCACUCUACGUGCAAGCCAACAACUGUGUGGAAGCAAACGAGUGGAUUGACGUGCUGUGCCGUGUGAGCCGGUGCAACCAGAACAGGCUCAGCGUGUACCAUCCCGCGGCCUAUCUCAACGGAAACUGGCUCUGCUGCCAGGAGACGAGCGAGAGCACCCUGGGCUGCAAGCCGUGCACAGCCGGCAUCCCCGCAGACAUCCAGAUAGACAUUGAUGAGGACAGAGAAACAGAACGGAUCUAUUCCCUUUUCAACCUCAAUAUGCCUAAGCUGCAGAAAAUGGAAGAGGCCUGUGGAACCAUCGCGGUCUAUCAGGGGCCUCAGAAAGAGCCUGAUGACUAUUCCAACUUUGUCAUUGAGGAUUCCGUGACAACCUUCAAGACGAUUCAGCAAAUAAAAAGCCUCAUAGAGAAGUUAGAUGAGCCUCAUGAAAAGUACAGGAAGAAAAGAUCGAGUAGCGCCAAAUAUGGGAGCAAGGAGAAUCCAAUCGUUGGGAAGACCUCUUAAGAUUUAACCAGUCGAUUCAGAAGAACUGGAAGAUAUUUUUGUUGGUAUUUUUUGAUUCGUCAUAUUUUGUUCAAAGUAUUUAAGAAUGAACGUUGGCUUCCGUGUCACCCACAUUUACAUUGUAUUUAAUAUUUAAUAACUGAGAUUACUGGGGAAUCUUGGUAUUGAUGUAUUAAUGGCGAAAUUGAAGCCUAAGAAUCCCUUCAUAUUUUAUGUGUCAAAAGCCAUGGUUCUGCAAUUUUUUUAAUAGAAAGGAUCUUCUCUAAAGAAGCUUUAUAACAAAAAGAAAACUCCACCAUAGCAAGAAACCGUCUCUCCUUGUAACACUCCAUGUUUGUUCCGUGGACUCUCACUACCAUUAGUGCCUGCUCUAUACUGCCAACAUCAUAUCCAGCUAGGAAACCCCCAGUCCGUGACACUCCAGAGCUUUCCGUGCAGUUCAUCUAGACCCUCCCUCUCUGGAAGAAAGAAGGAAAA